GCUUCAUAUUUCUAUAUCGGCAUUAUAGUUUUCAAGAAAUCAUGAAAAGGCUUCUGAGUAUUGCUUUGGCAGCAUUGUUGCUACUUUCUUUCCAUGUUCAACAAUACCAAGCUAGCAGAAUUUUAUACGAUCAAGAUGUGAACAAAGAGCUGGGCGUGCAGUCUCUUCAAAGGGGUGAUACCCCUUCUACUGGUGCCUCAGGCUGCACUAACAUUCCCAACACUGGCGGACCAUCCUGUCCUAGUGUGAUCAACUCCAUGAAUGUUGCUGGUAAUGGUCUGUCCCACGCCAAUGCUUAUCCGCGUCUCACGGUUGAAUUUGGUGGUGCUGCUGCUACUACUACUACCCAUUAGAAAUGAAGCUGGUAAUACAGAAACUCCAAGCUCAGGUUUCUGUUAGCAGGUAGAAUUGAAUAGGGAGAAGAAUUAUGCUAGCAGGAUCAAAUUACAGGUCCUGAAACAUUCAUACAAUAUACAAUACAAAUUCUUGUAAUCUUUUUCUGUUCUUUCAUUUUUUUCUCUUUGUACAUUUUUUUAAUGUAAGACACACAGAAUUUCAAUACAAAGUACACAUGUUCUUCCUCA